CCCCCUGCCUCCUCCCCCGCAGACCAAGAACCAGAAGCGGGCGCGGGCGGCCGCCCAGCAGCGGGCCCAGGAGCAGUUCGCCUCCGUUCCUCACUCCUUCGUCUUCCACCGCGGGCGCGUGGGCCGGAGCCUGCAGCAGCUCAUCCUGGAUGUGCGGCGGGUGAUGGAGCCGUUUACAGCCAGCACCCUGCAGGUACGGAAGAAGAACUCGCUGAAGGAUUUUGUGGCGGUGGCGGGGCCCCUGGGCGUGACGCACUUCCUGGUCUUCACCAAAUCCCCCACCAACGUCAACUUUAAACUCGUCCGUCUCCCGGGAGGCCCAACACUGACCUUCAAAGUCACACAGUACUCGCUCAUCAAGGACGUGGUGUCCUCCCUGAAGCGCCACCGCAUGCACGAGCAGCAGUUCACACACCACCCGCUGCUGGUGCUCAACAACUUUGGCCUGCAGCAGAUGCACAUCAAGCUGAUGGCCACCAUGUUCCAGAACAUGUUCCCCUCCAUCAACGUGCACAAGGUCAACCUCAACGCCAUCAAGAGGUGCCUGCUGAUCAGCUACAACUCGGACUCCCAGCUUCUGGACUUCCGGCACUACAGCCUGAAGGUGGUGCCUGUGGGGGCAAGCAAAGGCCUCAAGAAGCUGCUGCAGGAGAAAUUCCCCAACAUGAGCCGGCUGGAGGACAUCAGUGAGCUGCUGGCCAAGGAUAUUAACCUGUCGGAGAGCGAGGCCGAACAGGACGGGACCCACAAUAUCCUGGAGCUGCCCCAGGCAUACGCGGGCCGGGGGAACAUGAAGGCCCAGCAGAGCGCUGUGCGUCUCACCGAGAUCGGGCCCCGAAUGACCCUGCAGCUCAUCAAGGUGGAGGAAGGGUUGAACCAGGGCAACGUACUCUACCACAGCUUCAUUCUCAAGACGGAGGAGGAGCUCCGGGCGGCCCUGGCCAGGAAGGAGGAGCGGCUGCGGCUGAAGGCAGAGCGGCGCCGCAGGCAGGAGGCCGACGUGCAGCGCAAGAAGGAGCAGCGGGAGGCCCACAGGAAGCAGAGCCUGGCCGGGAUCAGGAGGAAGCAGCAGCAGGGGGAGGAUGGUGACAGUGGAGCCGAGGAUCCUGGGAUGCCGGCGGACCAGGACCUGGCCAACCAAUCAGACGACGACGCAGAAUAUUACCGGCAGGAAGUGGGCGAGGAGCCCGACGCAGAUCUGUUCCCCAAAAGCACCAAGAGGAAACACGGGCCCCUGCGCUCCCCCCAGCCCAGCAAGAGACUCAGAACCAGCCAGCCGGGGGAGCAGCCUGCCAGCCGCAAGGCGAAGCACAGGAGACCCCCUGGCCAGAUGCAGCGGGGCGGGCGCAGCCCCAGGCAGCAGAGGGAGCUUGGGAACUCUCAGAGGCCUGGCCAGCAGAAGGACCCACGGAGCCCUAAGGGCCGCGGGCAGCAGCGAGGAGCACGGAGUCCAAAGCCGAAAGGACCCAGGCAUCCGGGGCAGCAGGGAACCAAGCGAGGUCCUAGGCUCAAAGGACCGGGGAAGCCAGGGCUGCGGAGGAAGCAGGCAGCCCGGGGGCAGGGGGGGCGCCAGAGGCCCCGGGCCCCCAAGAAGGGGCAGCACUACCAGGCCCUCCCACCACCCUCGGGCUGGGGGGGAAGGGGUGGAGCAGCGUCUUCAGGCUGCAGCCAGCUGCCAGCAGGAAGGAACACCCUGCUACUGCUUCCCUCUCCAGCCUGCGGCGGGUCCUGCUGCCCCCGGGCGCAGCGCAGUGCCAGGAUGAGUGCUACAGGUGCGGAGGGGCCGGGGGCCUGCAAUGUUUCCUUCAGUAAGUUCCAGGAGCACAUGUGGCCAGCGGUGACGGUGGAGUUCUUCCUGGCCUUCGCCGGCAACGCCUUCGCCAUCUACCGCUUCGUGGCGCGUGAGCGCACCUGGCACACGGGCAUCGUGUAUUCCUUCAACCUGGCCGUCAGCGACCUGCUCUACGCCCUCUCCCUGCCCUUCCUGGCCGCCUACUACUACCCGCCCAAGCACUGGCGCUACGGCCUGGCCCUCUGCAAGCUCGAGCGCUUCCUCUUCAGCUGCAACCUGUACGGCAGCAUCUUCUUUCUCACCUGCAUCAGCCUGAACCGCUACCUGGGCAUCGUGCACCCGCUGCUGGUGCACGGCCGGCUGGAGCCGCGCCACGCCAAGCUGCUGAGCGGCGCCGGCUGGCUGCUGGUGGCCGGCCUCUCCACCCCCACCCUGCACUUCUCGGAGCUGCAGCCCAGGGGGAACUGCACCGAGUGCCUGGGCAGCGCCACGGACGAGCAACUGCCCCACUACCUGCCCUACAGCCUCUUCCUGGCGGCCUUCGGCUGCGGGCUGCCCUUCCUGCUCACGCUCUUCUCCUACGCGGCCAUCCUCCGCACCGUCUGCCGCAACCCCCACAUCACGUGGCUGGAGAAGCGCAAGGUGGGGAGGCUGGUGAGCGUGGGGGUGGCCCUCUACGCUGUCUCCUACCUGCCCUACCACACCCUGCGCAACCUCAACCUGCACCUGCGGCAGCAGUGUCUGCUGGGCAAGGCGCCGCACUACCAGCACGCGCUGUUCGUCCACUCCGCCUACCAGCUCAGCAAAAUCCUGGUCACCCUCAACAUCUGCGCCCACCCGCUGCUCUACGGCGCCCUGGCCGACAGCAUGCGGGGCUGGUGCAGGGCCCCCCGCGGGCAGGACAGGGGCCAGCCCUCAGAGAACACGGAGCUCAAGGCCUGUGGCUGACACCGGGGAUGGAACCAGCCUCUUCCACCCCCCCGCCCCCACUUUGUGCUGCCAGCACACAGGACUGGCUCUCCCCCCCGCAGCCCAGGCCAGACCACACAGGGGGUAACAGCAGCUGCUCCGGCUGCCUGCCCCAAACUCUGGGGGGCAGCUCCUCCCUCCUCAGCUAGACGCCAACCCCCCUCUGAGCCCCUCAGCGAGUGGGGCUUGUGACACCCCCGUUACCGCAGCGGGGGCUGGGCUCCUGCGAGAUCGGCCAUUAAAGCAGAGUCAGCCGG